UUUUGAUGCGUAAUGAUAACAUUAGGUUCUCCCACGCAACGAUUUACGGCAAAAUCUUAUCUGUUAUAGCAGAUUACCAAGUCGCAAACGUUGUCUAUUUCAUAAAAUGCACUAGAGUGCACGGGUAUGCAGCAAGUUCCGUAGCUUUUUUUUAACAAUGUUCCAAAUGGAUGUUUGUCAAGAUAAAGGAUUCGAUAACGCAUUGCAUCCAGAGAUUGUGAGUGUGAAUAAUCUUAAAGUGAAGAACUCUACACGUAAUACAAUUUGUGCAAAUAGAACGGAAAGUUAUCAUCGUAAUGACGAGAGGGAAAAACCAAAAUUUCACGUUAAAUAUCGCGAUCGCGUUUAUAACAUACAAAGUUUCUUAGGUGUUCAUCCAGGGGGAAAAAAUACGCUCAUGCGUUUCAAGGAUCAAAUCUUAGAUGGUGAAUUAGCAAAAUAUCCUCAUUCUAAAUCCGCUUACUAUCUUCUCGAAGAAUUUGCUGUGCAAUAUCAAGAGAGAUAUAACGAGUGCGAAGACUUAAUUAAUUGGGAUGUACCAAUAUUGCGGCAAGUGGGCUUUAUGGGGGAUCGAUAUUGGGAAUGGGUAAACUUGCCAAUAAAUCGACCUAUUCGAUUAUUUCAAUCGAACAUUUUAGAAUUAUUAUCGAUCACACCAUGGUAUACCGUACCGAUUGUCUGGGUCCCCAUAGUUAUAUAUUUCAUUUACAUAGGAUGUCUUCCAAAUAUUUCGACAAAUAUCGUGAUUACGUUGCAAAGAAUUUUUUCAUCAUUCCUUUUGGGAAUAUUUAUCUGGACCGUUAUGGAAUAUUUCAUACAUCAAAAAGUAUUUCACUUUAAACCACCGCAUAAUUCGAGAUUACUAAUUACUUUACAUUUCCUAUUUCAUGGGAAUCAUCAUAAGGCACCAUUGGAUGAACAAAGACUGAUGUUACCACCGACAUUCAGUUUAAUGAUAGCGACGAUUGUUUGGCAAAUUUAUAAAAGCAUAUUUCCUGUGGCAAUAGUUAAUCUUGUCGCCGCUGGUACUAUGACGGGCUAUUUAUGUUAUGAUCUAAUGCAUUAUUACUUGCAUAACGGAGCGCCGAAAGCCGAAUCCUAUUUGUAUACGAUGAAAAGAAGACACAAUUACCAUCACUUUGUACAUCAUAAUCAAGGAUUUGGAGUGACCAGUGACUUGUGGGAUCGAUUACUUAAAACGGAUUUACGUUUGCGGAAAUUAGAGAAACCAUUAGAAUGGUAAAACAAUAGUAAAAAUAAAAAUGUAGCAGCAUUUAUAUUUAUUGAUAGAUUC